CAGUUAAGAUCAUGGAUGAACCAGAAUCAUCAGGCGAUGGCAUUUUAGUUACAGCCAGCACUUACGAAACGUUGCCUUUCUUUAUCGGUUCAAGUGAUCUCUCUACCACGCAGCCUGAAGAUGUUAUUAGAGACCAAACAGCCCCGCUGCCUGCAGCAACCAGCCCGUCCUACAGCCGCUCGGAGAUCAUCGAGCAGUCCCUCGGAGUACCGGAUUCCUCAGGGCCCGCAGCUGGGAGCGUUCCUCCCGACGGCACCGGGACAGGAGUGCAGGAUAUCGCUGCCGAGUUAGAUCACAUCGGCGUGAUGAGCACAGCAGCCCUGGAUGAAGCGGAGCAUGGCAGCGGUUACAUCUCAGUGCUGACAACUGAGCCUGCAGAAGCCACCCCAGCUCCUACGCUGAAGUAUGUAACUACCAGCUUCAUGACAACCGCAGCCAAAGGCAAAGAGCUAGUGGUUUUCUUCAGCCUGAGGGUAACCAACAUGCACUUUUCUGAUGACCUCUUCAAUAGGAGUUCGCCAGAAUACAAAGCGCUAGAACAACAGUUCAUGCAAUUGCUACUUCCAUACCUUCAGUCCAACCUUACAGGUUUUAAGCACCUGGAAAUACUUAACUUCAGGAACGGAAGUGUGAUUGUGAACAGCAAAAUGAAAUUUGCCAGGACAGUGCCAUACAACAUCACGGAAGCAGUACACUGCGUUUUGGAAGAUUUCUGUGAUGCUGCAGCCCAGCACCUCAAUUUGGAGAUUGACAGCUAUUCCCUGGAUAUUGAGCCAGCCGACCAGGCAGACCCAUGCAAAUUCAUGGCAUGUGACGAGUUUUCCGAAUGCAUAACGAACGAGUGGACAAAGGAGGCUGACUGCCUUUGUAAACCUGGUUACGCCAGCCAAGACGGAUUACCCUGCCGGAGCCUGUGUGAGCUGGAACCCCAUCUUUGCGUCAAUGGUGGGAAAUGCGAGUUAGUUCCAGGAAGAGGAGCUGUCUGCAGAUCACCAGACGAGUUUACAAAGCCAAGACUGACAAGUUAG